AUGGCGUCCACAUCAUCCCGCACAUCUAAUUCAGAUCCCGAUGCUAUCCAAAAAGCAGAAACGGAACACCUCGAACGCGAUGCCAUCAAUCCGCGUUGGACACCAGGAUAUGGUCCCCUGUCCCGUAUACCCACGGACGAUUCCUAUCUGCCUGCCUUUGGAGGUGCCUUCCAACCUGGUCUGUACAAGCCUCCAGACCAAAGAUUCGCCAACCCUGCACCAUUGGGGUUGGCAGGCUUCGCCCUCACGACUUUUUUGCUUAGUCUGGUCAACUUGGGAACGAGGGGUAUUGCGACACCCAAUAUCGUCGUUGGACCAGCCUAUGCUUAUGGUGGGCUGAUCCAGUUGCUGGCUGGCAUGUGNGGCUGGUUCAUCUUUACCUUUAUCCUCUGGCUGCUCACCCUCCGCUCUACUGUCGCGUUCUCCUCCCUCUUCCUCACUGUGUGGCUUACCUUCCUCAUGCUCGCCACCGGCUACAUGUACACCACAACCGUUGACGGCGUCACCGCGCCCAACCACAAUCUCAACAUCGCAGGAGGCUCCUUCGGCAUUGUUGCUGCAUUUAUCGCUUGGUGGAACAUGUUGGCUGGUGUUGCGGACAGAGGCAACAGUUUCUUCUUGGUACCAGUUUUGCAUUUCCCCUGGAGUGAGAAGGGAAGACAAAGGAGAAAGGAGAGGGCAGACAGCAUCAGAGAUGUCGAGAAGGGUGAUUAG